UCUUGGUGUAUUUUGCAACUAGCAGUACUCCUCAAAAUAUCUUAAGUUUGGAUUGGGAAUUCAUGGUACUGAAUUGAAAUUGAAAUGCACGUAGUUUAACUUGAGGACGAAAUCAUUCUGUUAAUUUUGAUCGUGAAAGCAAUCAAAACAGGACAAAUCCGUUGUUGAAUUUUCGAACGUAUGAACGCAUUUCAUAAAUUUCACGCUACCUGGUAAGCUUAAAAACCAGACAACAAUGAAGUGAAACACAAAAACAGACACAAAUUUACAUAUUGGGAAGGGUUUCUUAACCGGGAUCUAUGAUGAGCGCUGAGUCUUCGGUAGCUAAGAGGCUAGAAGGUAAGGUAGCACUGAUAACAGGUGGUGCUAGUGGCAUAGGAGAGAGCACAACCAGGGUGUUUGUUAAACAUGGAGCCAAAGUUCUAAUUGCUGAUAUCCAAGAUGAAUUAGGUCACUCCCUUUGCAAAGAGCUAGGGAGCUGGGAAACCAUCAGCUAUAUCCACUGUGAUGUAACACGUGAAUCUGACGUACAAAAUGCCGUGGACUUGGCAGUCUCCAAAUAUGGAAAGCUUGAUAUCAUGUUCAAUAACGCUGGCAUUUUAGGCGAGCCUGAACUGAGGGCCAUAGCUUCAAAUAUCGAAGACUUUAAGAGGGUAUAUGAUGUCAAUGUAUUUGGUGCAUUCUUGGGUGCCAAGCAUGCUUCUAGAGUGAUGAUUCCAGCUAAGAAAGGGUGCAUUCUCUUCACGGCCAGUAUGCUUUCAAUGAUAUGCACUGGUCUCCCUCAUGCAUAUACCACAUCAAAGCAUGCUGUGGUAGGUUUGACUAAAAGCUUGGCAGUGGAGUUAGGUGAAUAUGGGAUUAGAGUUAAUUGCAUUUCUCCUUAUGCAAUUGUUACCCCAUUGUUCCAAGGUGCAUCAGGGAUUUUGGAUAUGCAAAAUGGAGAGGAGAAAAUAUCUGCGGCAGCAGUAUUGAAAGGGGCCAUAUUGGAAACGAAUGAUGUUGCACACGCCGCGCUGUUUCUAGCAAGUGAUGAAGCCAAGUAUCUGAAUGGUGUCAACUUACCGGUUGAUGGAGGUUAUAGUCUUUACAAACCAACAUGGAAAACGGGACUCAAAGACUAUACUCCUGAAUAAUCAAAUACUCCAUUCUACCCUCUUGCUUUAAUAAGUUUAGGAUUUUUAUAUAUGGUCAACUUGAUGAAUAUUUGGUUAUGAUGUGAUUUUUAGGCUUUUUUCCCUUAACUUUAAAUGUAAGUAAAGGUUUUAGCUUUUCAUGCUGCUACAACCAAAAGCUAUGUUUCCUGAAUUAAUACUAGAAACAAAAGUGCUAA